GCAUCUGACAAAGAAGAAAACAUGAAAACCAGAAUCUCAAGUUUAAGGAAUGAAGUAUCACAAAUUCAAAAUCACGUUGACCAGAUUAACAGUGAAACACUUCCUAAAUUAGUACGAGAGGGUGCCCAACUGCUAACCAUGCCCGUUGUUAAAGGCGACUAUGAUCAGCAGAUUACUCUUCAGGAAAUGCAUAUAGCUAAACAAGACCUUAUAUGUAACCAUUUAAUGAAACAGAAGACUUCAUUUGAACUUCUCCUUUUGGGUUAUGAAUUAGAACUAAGAAAGCACAGAGAUGUUUCCCGACAACUUAAAACCGUUAUUCAAGAUUUGCAAAUGAUCAGUGAGAGCGUAGAAAAGAGACUGACGUUGCUGAAUGAUGCCAGUUUAUCAUCCACCGCUAAAUCUAGGAAUAAUAUUGAUUCAAAGGAUUCUUCAUCUCACAGGUUGUACGAUCUUCUGGAGGAUAACAAAAUGCAGAAGUUGUUUAGAACGUACAGUGGUUUAGAAUCCGUAGCUCAGAAAUUAACAAAAGAUAUAGCUUCCUUGAAAGACCAAGUAAUAGUUUCUAAGCAAGAACAGUCAAUUAUUUUAUCAAAAUUAGAUGCCGAUUUGAAAUCUCUAUCGGAUUUUAUGUAUCCUAAAGGAAAAACUGUUCUUUUAAACACUCCA